AAGCUCCUCUAUUACUAGCAGCUGGGUUAUGUUCCCUCCCAGUCUACCUGUGGGCUCAGACUGACGAGUCGCUGAGGCUACAUAGCGGAAGAUUAGCAGCAGCAGGGGGAGGAUGGGGAUGCAGGAGAAAUAGCAACACAACGGCAUUAACAUCGACUCUAUUGUUUCAUCACCGAACUGUGAUAGCUUCAGACCAUGAUUGAGACAUUUGAAGCCACACAGCUGAAUGCCAAACUGCCUUGUUCUAUCAAGAGAUAGCCAGUCUGCUGGAUGGACACCCAGGAGGAAUGACAGAGUCUCUUCCCCCUCGGGUGCUGCACCGACAGUCAGAGAAAAUGCACUGGGCCGGUGGAUACCUUGUACUUCUGCUGGCGUCCAUUAUCGCCUCUCACACCACCGAGGCCUUAUCAGUGGACACGAAUGGAACCCAUACGGAGAACAGCUCUUUGACAGACGGCGGAUUUGUCCCAGCUGCAUUCACAACAGUUAGCCAGAUAAUUGCCCGGGAGGGGAGCUGCGCGCUGAUUGAUUGUAAUGUCACCGGAGAGCCGCUCCCCAGCGUUCAGUGGUUCAACUCCCAUGGAGACCGCCUGGACACAGAGAGCGAUGACGGAAAGUGGUGGCUGCUGGACGGCGGCGUUCUCAACAUCACCGCCAUCGAGUUUGCAGACCGCGGGAAAUACACCUGCAUGGCAUCCAACGUCCAUGGCAGCUCCAACUGCACGGUGACGCUGCGCGUUGUGUUCACAAAUGGCGACAUGGGUGUGUACUACAUGGUGGUGUGUCUGGUCACCUUCACCAUCAUCAUGGCGCUGAACGUCACACGCCUCUGCAUGAUGAGCAGCCACCUCAAGAAGACGGAGAAAGCCAUCAACGAGUUCUUCCGCACCGAGGGCGCCGAGAAGCUGCAGAAGGCCUUCGAGAUCGCCAAACGGAUCCCCAUCAUCACCUCGGCCAAGACGCUGGAGCUCGCCAAGGUGACGCAGUUCAAGACCAUGGAGUUCGCUCGCUACAUCGAGGAGCUGGCACGCAGCAUCCCGCUGCCGCCGCUCAUCAUGAACUGCCGCACCUUCAUGGAGGAGAUCCUGGAGGUGGUGGGCGUGGAGGAGAUGAGGCACACCUUCGUCAGACAGGCGCCCGAAGGCUGCCGAGAGAUGGCGGGGAGAGUCGCCUCCAUCGGGGGGAGAGACGUCUUCACCAUCCUGCGGGAAAGAGAGAGAGAGCAAGGGAGGGAGAGAGAAAGAGAGAGGCAGCGCAGCGAAUCACCGGCCGCCGACUCCGACAACUCCUCCGUUCACGAGCAGCCGCAGCACAUCGCCAUCCAGGUGUCAGUGCACCCGCCGCUCGCCAUCAGCGGCUACUGCAGCAUCGAGGCACCACCUCCACCAGAGGCUCCACCCUGCUCGCCUCCCCCGUCCUCCCCACCACCGCUCUCUCCUCUGCACCACGACGAGGAGGCGGAGGAGGAGGUGGAGGAGGAGGAGGAAAAGCAGCAGGAGGAGGUAGAGAUGGAGGAGGAAGAGGAAGAAGUGGAUGUUGAUGUGGAGUGCACAUCUGUAAAUAAGACCCCGCCCUCCCAGGUGUUUUACGAGAGCCAUGUGUGACGAAAACAAACAAACCCUGGAGGAAUAAGUGUUUUCCUGCUAUGCAUUUCCACUUGAAGACAAAAAUAAAAUCAAACAUGUUACAUUUCACUUUUUUUAAAGGAACAGUCACACUUUAUUUAUCUUUUAGAGACUGAACUGAAUCUGGAAGCCUGUUCUGAGAAUAAUCAAAAGGACUUUAGUCAUUGAGCGUUUCUUCUCACUCCGGACCUUCAUGCUUGAAUGUACACGGGAGGGGUAAUCAAUAUUAAUGUAAUAAGCAGUGAAUUGUAAAGGGACAUUUCCUGUGUUGAGAUUGUUCAAGUUCAGACUUUUAUUUCAAGAGUUCAGGGCCGUGUGGACUGAUGACGUCUUCUUUGUGCUGGCAGCGCUGGCAGGUCAGCAUUUCCAGUAGUCAGAGGAUUUUAAAGGCAGUGUUGCUUCUUGAUCAUGACCAAUCAGAAGCAAGAAGAGGCGGGACUUCUGAUAUCAACUUUGACAGCAACAAACGGAGUAAAGAGGAGAAAGUAAGCACUUGUUUUUCGGGGUACAAUCAAAGAGGACAAAGUCUGGAGCUGUUGCUAAAAGUGGGACACACGUUCUCUCUGUUUCUUCAGGGUUGGUUUCAUUUGAUGGAAUUUUUAAAGAAAUGUAAAAACACCUCAAACAGGCACUACUACAGGAAGUGGAAUAACCCCGGAGCAACUUUCAGGACCUCACACAGUAAGCACCCUUGGGAAGCGCUCUAAAAUCGAGGUUGUGGGUGCUGCCAGCACAAAACCAGCAUCAUCAGUGGACACAGGCCCCACAGGCGGGGCUGAAAUCUCAGUUUUUAGUUACAUACAGUGCUCGGGUUUUUACGAUUCAACCUCAAGCUGCUCUAAGCUUCCUCCAUCCGCUCAAGAAUUCACAUCCAGCUACCGUUACAGCUGAUCCACCGGGAUUGUACAACGCUCGGCUCACCUGGAGAUGCAUGCUGGACUGAAAACUGAAAGAUGAUCUGAGAGUUCGCUCACUACUUCAUGAUUGUACGGCCUGCUGAAUUCCACAAAAAAACAAAACAAGAGUAAGCCAGCUAAAUGUGUGUGUGUGUGUGCUGUAUAUUUCCUGAUUAGGUCACACACCUGGAUCUUUUUCCUUUGGAAUAUUUUUAAGAUUAUGAUUAUUAUGAUUAUUACCCAUGGUGGUGUGAUUUUUAGGCAAGUUUAUCAAAUAGAGAAGUGUAGAUUUUUUCCUCCUAGGUUUUUAUUUGAUUCCUGGCCUGAUCGCAGCAUCGUUUGCUUCUUCAGAGGUUUCACAAUAAGACUGUGUUUCUGCUGCAUGUGAGAGAGGACAAUGAAGUCUGACGUGUUUCUGUGGGACUAGAGAAAAAAAAGGACUCUUGUCUGUCUUCCUUUUUGCUUGGCUAACGGUCCAGUGUGAAGCGGAGAGGAACUGGAUGCUACUCUGCUUUUACUGGUGCUCUCGAGAUGCCUCUUUUUUUGUAGUGUGAUAAAAUGGAAGUGCUGUGUAUAAAGACAACAAAAAAACAUGGA